AUGGCAUUAUCGAACCCCCCAGCAGCGAAAACGGACACUGUCCGACCGGUCCUUGCGCGUGCGGCGAGCAACUAUCCACACGGACUACCUGCGCCGCCAACCAUUCCCUCGUCGUCGAACAUGGACGCGGUACUAGAACUAGCUGAUGGUUCCGCGUUUCGCGGGAUCAGCUUUGGCGCGGAGGGAAAGAGCAUUGCGGGGGAAUGCGUCUUCCAGACAGGUAUGGUCGGGUACACGGAGUCUCUGACCGACCCGUCAUACGAGGGACAAAUUCUGAUUUUGACGUACCCUCUUAUCGGCAACUACGGCGUUCCUGUGCGCCCGAGUUCGGACUCGAUCGAGGACCUGCCGCCGGACUUCGAGUCUUCCCGCAUUCACGUCGCGGCCGUCGUAGUUGGCUACUAUUCAGAAUAUUUCAGCCACUUCCUCGCCAGCUCUUCGCUCGGGGCAUGGCUCAAGGAGAGUGGUGUGCCCGCCAUCUACGGUGUGGACACACGUGUACUCACGAAAAAAAUCCGAGAGCAGGGCUCCAUGCUCGGGAGGGUCUUGGCGAAGCGACUCGAUCCGCAUGUAGUUGCUGGGCGUGCGCUAGUGCCCAACUCCCAGCCCGCGUCGCGCGCGGCUUCGCCGGGCAGCUUGUCAAGUAGCGCUAACUGGCGCGAAGAAUACAUCGAUGUGCCGCUCCGCGACCCGAAUCAGGACAACCUGGUUGCGGUCGUGUCCACCGCGUCGCCAAAGGUGUACAAGCCGGUGAUAGCUCCCCGCAUGCACCCUGUCGAAGACCGACCGCUCCGCGUGGUCGCAGUCGACGUAGGCAUGAAGUACAACCAGAUCCGGUGCUUCACGCAUCGUGGUGUGGAGCUCAAGGUCGUCCCCUGGGACUACGACUACAUUGCAGAAUCGGAAGAGCCGUUCGAUGGACUGUUCGUAUCGAACGGGCCGGGAGACCCGACCAUGGUCGAGCCUACGAUCGUUCGCCUUGCCACGGCCAUGGAAAAAGCAGACAGGCCGAUCUUUGGUAUUUGUCUGGGUCACCAGCUGCUCGCGCUCGCAGCCGGCGCGUCGACAUCGAAGAUGAAGUACGGUAAUCGCGGUCACAACAUUCCGUGUACUGACGCGCUGAGUGGGCGGUGCUACAUCACGAGCCAGAACCACGGAUUCCAGGUCAAUACGGACACGCUGCCGGAAGGCUGGAAAGAGCUGUUCAAGAACGCGAAUGACGGCAGCAACGAAGGCAUCUAUUGCGUUGACAAGCCGUUCUUCUCCGUGCAGUUUCACCCAGAGUCAACGCCUGGACCUCGCGAUACAGAGUUCCUGUUCGAUGUGUUUAUCCAGAACAUCAUUGACUGCGCGACGACGCGUACGCUUGUCCCCAUCUCUAUGCCAGGCGGCCUGAAGGAGGAGAACGAAAAGCGUGUACCACGUGCGAACGUACAGAAGGUGCUCGUACUCGGUUCGGGCGGUCUGUCGAUCGGCCAAGCAGGCGAGUUCGACUACUCUGGCUCACAGGCGCUCAAGGCACUCAAGGAGGAGGGCAUCUACACGAUCCUGGUCAAUCCAAACAUUGCAACGAUUGCGACCUCGCGCGGCCUGGCUGAUAAGGUGUAUUUCCUACCGGUCACGCCUGAGUUCGUGCGCAAGAUUAUCAAAUACGAGAAGCCAGAUGGUAUCUACGUGACUUUCGGUGGGCAGACCGCUCUCAAUGUCGGCGUGAAGAUGAAGGACGAGUUCGAGGCGCUCGGCGUGAAGGUGCUCGGCACGCCCAUCGACACGAUCAUCACGACAGAGGACCGCCAGCUGUUUGCAAGCGCGAUGGCUGAUAUCGGCGAGCGCUGCGCGCAGUCGGACACUGCGACGACGUUGGACGAGGCUGUUGUGGCCGCAAACACAAUUGGAUAUCCUGUUAUCGUGCGCGCAGCAUAUGCACUGGGUGGUCUUGGAUCUGGCUUUGCGCAGGACGAGAAGCAGCUGAAGGCCCUUUGCAGCAAGGCGUUCGCUACAAGUCCUCAGGUGCUCGUCGAGAAAAGCAUGAAGGGCUGGAAGGAGAUUGAAUACGAAGUUGUGCGAGAUUGCCGGGACAACUGCAUCACGGUCUGUAACAUGGAGAACUUUGACCCGCUGGGCAUUCAUACGGGCGACUCCAUCGUUGUAGCUCCUUCACAAACACUUUCGGAUGCCGACUACAAUAUGCUUAGGACGACAGCCAUCAACGUCAUCCGUCACCUCGGAGUGGUAGGAGAGUGCAAUAUUCAGUACGCACUUAACCCGACUUCCCGCGAGUACUGCAUCAUUGAGGUGAACGCUCGACUGUCCCGUUCGUCCGCUUUGGCGUCAAAAGCUACCGGCUAUCCUCUCGCCUUCAUUGCCGCGAAGCUUGGUCUUGGUAUCCCCCUCAACGAGAUCAAGAACUCGGUUACGAAGGUCACGAGCGCGUGCUUCGAGCCCAGCUUGGACUACGUUGUCGUCAAGAUUCCUCGCUGGGAUCUCAAGAAGUUCAGCCGCGUCAGCAGCCUCCUGAGUAGUAGCAUGAAGAGUGUCGGAGAAGUCAUGAGCAUUGGUCGCACAUUCCAAGAGACCAUACAGAAGGCUAUCCGUGCGAUUGACGACCAAUUCCUCGGGUUUGCGAAGAACGACCUCCUCGAAGAUAUUGACGAGGAGCUCAUGAACCCAACGGACAAGCGUAUCUUUGCCAUUGCUGCGGCAUUCUACCGCGGCUACAGCGUCGACAAGAUCUGGAAAAUGACCAACAUUGACAAGUGGUUCCUGACACAGCUGCAGUCGAUUCACCACAUGGAGAAGCAAUUAACAACAUGCACUGUAUCGAAUAUCGGUAACGUGAUGCUUCGACAAGCGAAGCAGCUUGGCUUCUCGGAUCGCCAAUUAGCCGUUUGCAUGAACUCCACAGAACUUGCGGUCCGGCGCCUUCGCCAGGAGUACGGUGUCAUGCCCUUUGUCAAGCAAAUCGACACUGUUGCCGCAGAGUUCCCCGCCUACACCAACUACCUCUAUACCACUUACAACGCUGUCGAGCAUGACGUGACAUUCGACGAUCGCGGCGUCAUGGUACUUGGCUCCGGAGUCUACCGCAUUGGUUCCUCUGUCGAGUUUGAUUGGUGUGCCGUUCGUGCUAUCCGCACGCUGCGGGAGAACGGGCUACCCACGGUCAUGGUCAACUACAAUCCUGAAACAGUCAGUACUGACUACGAUGAGGCCGACCGUCUCUAUUUCGAAAACAUCAGCCUGGAGACUAUUUUGGACAUCUACGACACGGAGUCCUCCAGGGGAGUCAUCCUCUCAAUGGGUGGCCAGAUGCCAAACAACAUUGCCCUUCCAUUGUAUCGCCAGAAUGUCAAGAUCUACGGAACGUCGCCGGAGAUGAUCGACACAGCAGAGAACAGGUUCAAGUUUUCGCGUCUUCUUGAUGAAAUAGGCGUCGACCAACCUUCGUGGAAGGAGCUAUCCAGUUACGACGAGGCACAUGCAUUCUGUGAGAAGGUCGGAUACCCGGUCCUCGUCAGGCCCUCAUACGUUCUCUCCGGUGCGGCCAUGAACGUGGUGUUCAGUGAGAACGAUCUAUCUAGCUAUCUCUCCCAGGCGACCGCAGUGUCACGAGAACACCCUGUCGUCAUUUCGAAAUACAUCGAGGGGGCGAAGGAGAUCGAGAUGGAUGCCGUGGCCAAAGGCGGCACAAUGAUCAUGCACUACAUCUCAGAGCAUGUCGAGAACGCGGGCGUGCACUCGGGUGACGCCACCCUCAUUCACCCACCGCAGGAUCUUGAUCCAGAGACCGUGCGUCAAAUUGAGGAGGCCACUGCGAAGAUUGGAAAUGCGCUCAACGUUACAGGACCGUUCAAUAUCCAAUUCAUUGCCAAGAACAACGAAAUCAAGGUCAUAGAGUGCAACCUCCGUGCGGCUCGCUCAUUUCCUUUCGUAUCCAAGGUCACAGGUGUCGAUGCGAUCGAGAUGGCUACGAAGGCGAUGUUGGAUUUGCCUGUCGAGCCUUAUCCGUACAUCGGGCUUCCCACGGAUUACGUCGGUGUGAAGGUACCGCAGUUUAGUUUCAGUCGACUGUCGGGAGCGGACCCCGUUCUCGGCGUAGAGAUGGCCUCCACAGGCGAGGUCGCCUGUUUCGGCAAGGACAAGUACGAGGCCUAUGUGAAAGCUCUCAUUUCUACUGGUAUCGUCUUGCCGAAAAAGAACAUACUGUUCUCAAUCGGCAGCUACAAGGAGAAGCUCGAAAUACUUCCCUCGGUCCAGAAGCUGCAUGCAGCGGGUUACAAUAUUUUCGCGACCUCCGGAACAGCGGACUUUCUCACUGAACACAACGUCCCUUGCAAGUACUUGGAGACCCUGGGAGAGGACAGCGAACAAAAGUCGGAGUAUUCGCUCACGCAGCAUCUUGCGAACAACCUCAUUGAUAUGUACAUCAACCUGCCGUCGAAGAACCACUACCGCCGGCCCGCGAGCUACGCCAGCAAGGGCUACCGCACGCGCCGUAUGGCAGUCGACUUCGCUGUGCCCUUGAUCACGAACGUCAAGGUUGCGAAGCUCCUCUUUGAAGCAUUGUUCCGCCGACUUCCAUUGGAAGUAUCCCCGGUUGACGCGAAGACGUCUCACGACACGCACGCGUUCCCCGGCUUCGUCAACAUUGCGGCUUUUGUACCUCAUCUCACGAUCCCGGGAAGCCUUGAUCUCUCCGAUGCGACGAAGGCUUCCAUUAGCGGCGGAUUCGUGAGCUCUCUUGUUUUGCCGGCCGGUCAAGACGACAAGAUAGUCGACGCGGCGUCCCUGGGACGUGCGCGCGCCAACGUGGCCGGCUCUGCAUACUGCAACUAUGCAUUGAGCAUCACCGCAACGGGCAGCAACGUCAAAUCCUUAGAUGAAGAAACGGAAGCUGAUGUCAAGGCGCUCUUUAUCCCCUUCCAUUACAACGAGGCAGAUGGUCAAGUGUCAGUGGUCGCAGAACACUUCUCCUCGUGGCCAAUUGACAAGCCCAUCAUCACGGAUGCAAAGGGCGCUGACCUGGCCCCCGUGCUGCUUGUCGCCGGGCUUCAUAACCGGAGCCUGCAUGUCACUAAUGUGCAGAGCAAAGAGGACCUGCUGCUCAUCUCGCUCAGCAAGGCCAAGCAACUCAAGGUCACCUGCGAUGUGUCCGUCUAUUCACUAUUCUAUUCUCGCGCGGACUUCCCUGGUGUGACCUGCUUGCCCUCGGCGGAUGACCAGAAGGCGCUCUGGCAACGCUUGGAUGUCGUCGACGCAUUCUCGAUCGGUACAGUUCCCUACCAGCUUGCACGCGAACUGGGUAAGGAUGCCUCGGCGGCAUCUGGAGUUGAGGAGGCGCUGCCUCUCCUCUUGAACGCGGUCGCCACUGGUCGCCUGACCCUGGAACAGAUCCGUCAACGUCUGCACGACAACCCCGUCCGGAUCUUUGGCCUCCCCGAUCAGAGCCAAACCAGCGUCGAGGUCAUCACUGGGCGCAAGGCGCCAUUCCGAAACAAUGCUGGAUGCUGGUCUCCACUGGAGGGCACCGUCAUCAAUGGUGCCGUGGACAGGGUGCUUGUCCAAGGGCAGACCGUCUUCCUCGACGGCGAAGUCACGUCAGCGCCGCAUGGAAGGGACAUCUCCAGUGCGAUGAUUGUGCACCCAUCUGCCGAGCGCAGACUGUCUGUUUCUGGACCAAGGCCAGAUGUCGGCGGCAAGGCACCCGAUGCAGCAGUCGCAGCGCAGGCUCCCCCGGCGACCAUGGCGAUCUCAUCAUCCACGAUCGCACCUCAGUACGGGCCGACGGUCGCUCCGCACGCCAUCACGCACCUGACGCCGCACCCCGCCUACCACCGCAAGCACAUUCUCACCGUGAAGCAGUUUACGCACCGGGACAUGCACGAUCUUUUCUCGCUCGCGCACGAGAUGCAGCUGCAGGUCGAGCGCAACGGCACGCUCGACGUGCUGAAGGGCAAGGUCCUCUGCACGGUGUUCUACGAGCCGUCGACGCGCACCCACUCGUCCUUCGACGCCGCGAUGAAGCGCUGCGGCGGCCAGGUCAUCAACGUCGACGUCGACGCGUCGUCCGUCCUCAAGGGCGAGACGCUGCCCGACACGAUCCGCACGCUCGGGUGCUACGCAGACGCCAUCGUCAUCCGGCACCCCGACGUCGGCAGCUCGCAGCUGGCCGCCAAGUUCUCACCUGUCCCGAUCAUCAACGCGGGUGACGGCAUCGGCGAGCACCCCACCCAGGCGCUCCUGGACGUGUAUACGAUCCGCUCGGAGCUGGGCACGGUCAACGGGCGUACGAUCACACUCGUCGGCGACCUCAAGAACGGGCGCACGGUGCACAGCCUGGUGACGCUCCUCUGCCUGUACUCGGUGCGGCUCAACUUCGUGUCGCCGCCCGCGCUGGCGAUGCCCGCGGGUGUCGUGUCCGCGGCGCGGCGCGCGGGCGCGCAGGUGCGCGUGUGCGAGUCGCUCGAGGAGGUGCUCGGCGACACGGACGUGCUGUACGUGACGCGGCUGCAGAAGGAGCGCUUCAAGGACGAGGCGGAGUGGGCCACGGUCAAGGACGGCUACCGGAUCGACCACGCGCUGCUCGCGCGCGCGAAGGAAGACAUGAUCGUGAUGCAUCCGCUGCCGAGGGUCAAUGAAAUCGACCCAGAGGUGGACUUCGAUUCUAGGCGUGCGGUCUACUUCCGACAGAUGCGCUAUGGCUUGUUUAUCCGUAUGGCUCUCCUUGCGAGCGUCAUGGGCUGAGCGGCCCACUAAAAAUACCCAAGUUGUUCUCCGGCAGCACGGAGGCAGCACAUGGAAGCUCAUGAGAGCUUGAAAGCAUCAAAAGACAAUCUAGGGAGCAUCGGGCCAUGAGGAAGCCACAACCACAAAUGUAUACUAGCCAGCUGAUAAUGCCUGCACCACCAACACCGUACGUACGUAGAGUCAUCGAGCGAAACACGAAAAUGUCGUAUGUAGCGAUAGCCAAUUGUCAUGUGUUGCAUCAUCUC